AGGGCUGGCUGCAGGCGACGCGGCCUCCCGGGAGGCGCUCGCCCCGCCAAGAUGUACGGUGUGUGCGGCUGCUGCGGUGCCCUGCGCCCCAGGUACAAAAGGCUGGUGGACAACAUCUUCCCUGAGGAUCCUGAGGAUGGCCUGGUGAAGACCAACAUGGAGAAGCUGACCUUCUACGCCCUCUCAGCUCCUGAAAAGCUUGAUCGCAUUGGCGCCUACCUCUCUGAGAGGCUCAUCCGUGACGUGGGUCGUCAUCGAUAUGGAUAUGUGUGCAUCGCCAUGGAGGCGCUGGACCAACUGCUCAUGGCCUGUCACUGCCAGAGCAUCAACCUCUUCGUGGAGAGUUUCCUCAAGAUGGUGGCCAAGCUGCUUGAGUCGGAGAAACCCAAUCUGCAGAUCCUCGGCACCAACUCGUUUGUGAAGUUCGCCAACAUCGAGGAGGACACCCCGUCCUACCAUCGGAGCUACGAUUUCUUUGUGUCUCGCUUCAGUGAGAUGUGCCACUCCAGCCACGAGGACUUGGAGAUCAAGACUAAAAUCCGAAUGUCAGGCAUCAAAGGUCUACAAGGAGUGGUGAGGAAGACGGUGAAUGACGAACUGCAGGCCAAUAUCUGGGACCCACAGCAUAUGGACAAGAUCGUGCCAUCACUGCUUUUCAAUCUGCAACACGUGGAGGAGGCAGAGAGCCGGUCCCCCUCCCCUCUCCAAGCACCAGAGAAGGAGAAAGAGAACCCGGCAGAGCUAGCUGAGAGGUGCCUUCGGGAACUGCUGGGCCGGGCUGCCUUUGGCAACAUCAAAAACGCCAUCAAGCCUGUUCUCAUCCAUCUGGAUAACCAUUCUCUUUGGGAACCCAAGGUGUUCGCCAUCCGUUGCUUUAAAAUCAUCAUGUACUCAAUUCAGCCGCAGCACUCCCACCUGGUUAUCCAGCAGCUCCUGAGCCACCUGGAUGCCAACAGCCGCAGCGCGGCCACGGUGCGGGCGGGCAUCGUGGAGGUCCUGUCGGAAGCUGCCGUCAUCGCCGCCACCGGCUCUGUGGGGCCCACGGUGCUGGAGAUGUUCAACACUCUGCUGAGGCAGCUGCGGCUCAGCAUCGACUACGCUCUGACUGGGAGCUACGACGGGGCCAUCAGCCUCGGCACCAAGAUCAUCAAGGAACACGAAGAGCGCAUGUUCCAGGAGGCAGUCAUCAAGACCAUAGGCUCCUUUGCCAGCACAUUGCCUACUUACCAGCGCUCCGAGGUGAUCCUCUUCAUCAUGAGCAAGGUUCCGCUGCCUUCCCUGCACCAUCCCAUGGAGACAGGGAGGACUGGGGAGAACAGGAACCGACUGACCCAGAUUAUGCUGCUGAAAUCCCUCCUUCAGGUAUCCACUGGCUUCCAGAGCAACAACAUGAUGUCAGCUUUGCCCAGCAACUUCCUUGACCGCCUUCUCUCCACCGCCCUCAUGGAGGACGCAGAGAUCCGUCUCUUCGUUCUAGAGAUUCUCAUCAGUUUCAUUGAUCGUCAUGGCAACCGUCACAAGUUCUCUACCAUCAGCACCCUCAGUGACAUCUCUAUUCUGAAGCUGAAAGUGGACAAGUGCUCCCGGCAGGACACCAUCUUCAUGAAGAAGCACUCCCAGCAGCUCUACAGACACAUCUACCUGAGCUGUAAGGAGGAAACGAACCUACAGAAGCACUACGAGGCGCUCUAUGGCCUGCUGGCACUCAUCAGCAUCGAGCUGGCCAAUGAGGAGGUGGUGGUGGACCUCAUCCGCCUGGUGCUGGCCGUCCAGGAUGUGGCCCAGGUCAAUGAAGAGAACCUGCCUGUUUACAACCGCUGUGCCCUCUACGCACUGGGCGCCGCUUACCUGAACCUUAUCAGCCAACUCACGACGGUGCCUGCCUUCUGCCAGCACAUCCAUGAGGUGAUAGAGACCAGGAAGAAAGAGGCCCCAUAUAUGCUUCCGGAGGACGUGUUUGUGGAGAGGCCCAGGCUGACUCACAACCUUGAUGGAGUGGUGAUUGAGCUGCUCUUCCGCCAGAGCAAGAUCAGUGAAGUCCUGGGUGGCAGUGGUUACAAUGCCGACAGGCUUUGCGUGCCCUACAUCCCUCAGCUGACAGAUGAGGAUCGCUUAUCCAAGAGGAAGAGCAUUGGAGAGACCAUUUCCCUGCAGGUGGAGGUGGAAUCGAGAAACAGCCCAGAGAAGGAGGAGCGAGUGCCUGCCGAGGAGAUCACCUACGAGACGCUGAAGAAGGCCAUUGUGGACAGCGUGGCUGUUGAGGAGCAAGAGCGGGAACGGCGGCGACAGGUGGUGGAGAAGUUCCAGAAGGCGCCCUUUGAGGAGAUCGCAGCGCACUGUGGGGCCCGGGCAUCACUGCUGCAGAGCAAACUCAAUCAGAUCUUUGAAAUCACUAUCCGGCCCCCUCCAAGCCCAUCAGGAACCAUCACUGCAGCCUAUGGCCAGCCUCAGAACCACUCGAUCCCUGUCUACGAGAUGAAGUUUCCUGAUCUCUGCGUAUACUGAAUUCAAGACACAGCUUCUUCGAGGGGCAGGGUCUGAGGGAGGAACUAGCUUUCACGCCCAUCCCUAUGACAUGGAAAUCUAACUGGGAUCUCAGAGAAUAAGCACCUUGGACAGCAGCACCUCCCCAGUGAAGCAAGGUGGAGCCCCGGGCCCCCUCACCUCCUAUGGGCCCCUCCCCUCCCCGCUUCCUCCUUGUCUUCCCUGAGGGAGAUCCGGCCACCUGCCCCUCUGGGGCCAAUAAGCAUCCCACCUGUGCCUGUUGUCUCCUCCUCUGUGUCAGCCUGGGGCCAAAAGUGAGGGGGCGGGGGUGGAGGGGAGGUCCUGCAGAGAGAGGCUGAGGUCCCAGGAAGCUGUGCUUAAUGUAGUGAGUGAUGGCUUCUAUGGGGGCGGCGGGGGAUGGGGGUGGCGGGUCCUGGGCAGGGAGCGGCACAGUUCCCAUUCCCCCAGGAGGGAACUAGAUGGAGACACAGUUGGUCACAGGAAGCUGAAGACGUGAUAAGGAGGAAGUGAGGGCAGCUCCUCCUGCAAAGCAGUGGCAUGUGGGCGUUGAUCUCCAGAGCGUCCCUUCCUCCUCCCCCAUUUGAGGGACCAAAGGCCUCCAAAUCUUUGAUGUCUCUUCCACUCCCUGGCUCACGCUGCCAGUUGCUGCCUCUCCAUGGUUCUUUCUAAUGUUGGUUAAUAUUGAGCCCUUAUAACAGGAGCUGGGGUAGACACCCCAUGGCAGGGGUGGGGGGCAGCAGAGGAUGAAGCCGCUAAUAGAGGGGGCUCCUGCUCCCCAACUGCUGGCCUCCUGUUAUGAAGCACCAGGCAGAAGUGGGCAAGUCUGUCCCCCUCUGUAGCAUCUCCGCUCCUUCGUCCAGAGGCAUGUUCUUCCAAGUUGAUUCUCUCUCUUUGAUGCCUUUCUUCCUGAAGAUCCCACCACCUCUGGCAGAACCUUCCCUGGGCUUCUUUCUGGGGAAGCACCCUCUGGCCCAGGGUAGCCCUUUGCUUCUUUUCCAGUCUAACCUCCUGUAACUUUUGAGCUGAUAUGACUCACAAGAAGGGGAGAAUGGUCAAAUGAUUCCUCCCUGGAGAAACUGCUUUUGAAAAGAGGGAGAGUGAGUAGAUUUCUUGACCCAAAGGAACCCCUUUUGAGGGUACAGUUUUAGACAGUGUGGGGUGGGGUCAGAAGCAGGCCCUUUCUGCUAAGGAGAGGUCAGUCUUCUCGAGACGCACCCCCCCCCACCCCCGGAUCACACCCCUGUGCAUGGCCCAACGCAGGUGCACUGUGAGAGCCGGGUUAUCAGAACAGAGAGCUGUAUUUGCCCAAACCAGAAGAAUCUGAACCUAGGUACUUUCUUACUGCAUGUGCAGUAAACUUGUUGGAUAGGGGGGCUGUCUGACCCUCAUUCCUGUAGUUUCCUGCCUUGAUCGCUGCCUCUGUGCUGUGAGCCUGCAACUUGCAGAGGGUCUACAUGACUCUGGGGACAAGGGGGGCUGGCCCCUGCUCCCACCAUGGCCUUUGGCUCUGCGCUAUGGCUUUUGGCUAAUGCUCAACCCAACUUUAUAAGCAUGGACUGAGAUCUCUCUUUACUUUAAUAUCUCUUUAUUAAGAAACCAAGAUUAAAAUAACUAGAAACAAACUUGAAGACAAGUAACCUUUGGAAGACAUGUUGGAGAAAAUCUAAAUCUUGAACCACAAUCAUGUCUUCACUGGCUCUUCCCCUGCUCGGCUUUGACUUGAGGCCCUGUUUCUCUCAUGCUUCUCUGACUGUGGGGUCCACCCCGUGGCAUCUGUACUCUGAGCCCUGCCUGGGGGUCCUGGCUCUGGGACAUGGGAGUCAUUCCCUAGAGCCUCCUUCUUAGUGCCAGCCCCAGAACCAGAGACCUCCGAGUCCGUCUACUGUCUCUCCCUCAUCCCCACCCUGGGAACAGAGUGAAGGAAAAGGUACAGGAUGUCUGUCUUCAGACACUCCACUGCUGUUUCCUCUGUCUGAAACAGCUUUCUCUCUAUGUCAUCGCUGCCUAGCAGAGAUGUGCUGCUUUUGGAGACCUGACUGCAUCUUGAGUGGCUUUCUUCUCAGUUUCAAUUUAAAAUCACACUCAGUGGAAUACUGGCUUGCCUGCUGACAUGCUGUAGAAUCUGGCUUCUAGUCAAAGACGCCUCGGAAUCAGAAAGUUUAAGAUGAACAUUAAUUCAAACAAUUCAAUAAUAAAUUAAGCAGUCUCUUUCACCCUCCCCUGGCCUUCCCAAACCCUAGGAGAGAAGGCAAGCAGAGGAUGGUGGGUACCCAGGCUUUCAGCCUAGCAUCACUCUUCCUUCCUUCCAAGCCCUAUGGGAUCUAGUGACACUGUGUCAAGUGACCAACCCUCUUUGCUACCCUUCUGUGUUAUGAUUUUGAGUUAACAAAGCCAUCCAAACCAGUUUCUCCCCCAAACCACUGAAGACUCAUCUUCAUGGGCAAGGGGUAGGGCCCAUUGGCUCGAAUGCUGACAGAACCCAGUAGCACGGAUGUACUGGGGAUUUGGAAGUUCACUGAACUUGGUUGAGUCACAUGAGUGUGUCAGAAGCAGUUGAGAGGAGAGCCCCAGUGUGACCCUGGAGGCUCCUUCUGGUUUUCCUUGCAAAGGGAUCCACCAUGGCCUGUGCCUGUUCCCAUUUUCCUCUUUCUGAAAAGUAGAAAUAAGUGAUUUCUUGACUUCUGAACACCUCCUCCCCAGAGAAGGAGCCUGGGUGGAUCAGAAGAAGAAAUAGAAAAGUCUUCAGACAUUCUCCUCUGUCCAGCCCUCCACCUCAAGCAUCAGUAUAGACGAAUGAGCGGUGAAAGGCAGGGCUGGGACCAUCUAAAGUGCCUGAAGUGCAAGGGUCAAGGAGGCACUGCCCUUUGCUCCGGGUGUUCUCAGUCCCAGAGGAUAUGUUUCAACUGGCUUAAGGAUCAGAACAGCCUUGCAGUUGCUUUGAUGCCUAAAAGGCCAGACCUCUUGGCUUCACUUGGGGCCCCUGGGUCAGGAAACCUUCCAGAUACUAUUCCAUUGUCCCUGGGUAGAAAGUGUCUCAUUGAGAAGUGAGGCUGUUUCUCCCAAUUCGUUUUCAUGACCAUGAAAUGGCAGCUGGCCAGUUGGGGCUUAUGGGAAGAGACUAGACCUGAGCUGUUAGGCUGAAUAUUAAGUUUGAUGGUAGACAGGGAGGGAGGCUCCUCAAGGCAGGCCACACCCAAUUCUCUGGACCCAUAGACCCUGAAAAGGCAGGUUGUGCUGAAACAAGAUAUCUGCCUUAUGUCCGGGGAGAAGGCUUAGGGCAGCGUGUUACUUCUUCAUCUCAUGACCCUAGAAACCUUCUAGUUAAAAUGCCCCUUAUCCCAAAUCUGGCCUAGGACUGAAGUCUGCAGAAGGGUGUUGGUGCAGCCUGCCAAGUGGGGGAGCUGGGAGGGGACACAGACCUGUGGGAGGGCUCUGUGAUCUGUUUUCCAUUCUGUCUUUUAUCACCAACUAGGUUGACCAAGGCUUUUCUCCUUCAGGGGACCUUGGGGCCCCAGCCCAUCACCUUCCCCUUUUGAGCUCUUCCUCCACGGCUGUUGAUUCUGGCCUGUGGAGGGCAGGGCUGUAAAUCCACAAAUGCUGCAGCGUUACUCAUACAUUAUAACAUGUCUGUGUCCACUUAAGACCUUCAUGACCUGGUUGAGUGUGUGUGCCCGUGCGUGUGCAUGUGUGUAUAAUGUAGUUCAUAGUUGACAGUGUUUGUAUAUAACUGCUGAUGUAUUUAUAUGUGAGUGCAGAAUUAGUGCCUGUGGAAGUUUUCUGUAUUUUGAACUCAUCGAAUCAAAGUAAUUUGAAGGAAGGGGAAGGAGGACUGGGGUGGGGGUGGGGGGUGUUCAGUGUGUAGGAAGAAGGACUCUUAGCAAGAUUAUUCUUUGGGACUAUUAGUUGUGAAUUCCCAGUGCCCUUUUCAAAUAAAUGUUAAUGUUGUCACUGCACA